AUGACAUCGACAAGCCGGCCGAGUCGAGAAACUGUGCAAGGUGUCGUGGGCGGCAAAGUAGCGAUUAUCACCGGUGCCGCUCGCGGUAUCGGCUUUUCAACAGCAUCGCUCCUCGCCCAACAUGGAGCUCGCGUGGUUCUCGUCGACUUGAACGAAAGUGACUUGAAGAAAGCAUGCUCGGCAAUUGGAGGUUCUUCCACAUAUCAAGUCUGCGAUGUGAGCAACUGGGAUCAGCAAGUGGUCUUGUUCAAGACUGUCAAAGAAACGAUCGGUCCCAUUGGCCUGCUCCUUUGCAAUGCCGCGAUCAAUCCGGAGAUAUCUCUGCUUCAAACCUCGGAUCCAAACCAGCAGUGUGCAAUGAACUCGCAAGUUCGGUACAACUUCCUUGCCGAUGAGGAGGAUUAUCAGACAGAAGGCUCGCCCCUUCUGCGACCCCCCACCCAGCUCUUCGAUAUCAACAUCAACUCGGUGCUUUUCGGCCUCAAACUGGGCAUCCACCACAUGAAGGCAAAUGGUGGAGGGCGUAUCGUCGUCACGGCAUCUGCAGGAUCCUACGUUCCCAUCCCAUCCCAGCCACUCUAUGCUGCGAGUAAGCAUGCUGUGGUGGGUCUGUGCCGCAGUACAUCACAGAUCGGCGAGGUCUUGGAAUCGGGCGUUUCCAUCUCGUGGAUCGCCCCCUGGCUGACAUUGACCUCGAUGGUAGAGGGCCUCGAGGCGACGACUCAUCCUGAUACUAUGAAGAGUUCGCCCGAGGACGUGGCCUGGGGGAUUCUGGCGGCUGCCACCGCAGACAGUCCCAAUGGCAAGGGGUAUUGGAUUCAAGGCACAAAUAUUAGUGAGGUGGAAGGGGCGUAUGGAGAGGUGGCUGGCCGGUUGAUUCAUCCGGCAAAUCGGUUUUAG